CAGCAAUACUGGAUCUGUAACCCACUGAACGAAACCAGAGAUUAAAGCCACAUCCUCACGGACACUGUGUUUCUUAACCCAUUGAGUCACAAUAGGAACUCCCUCCCUAAGUGAUUUUUAUCAUUAGGGAAGUUUAGUUUACAUAGGACAAGAUUAAGUUUCCUUCCAUCUCUGAUAUUAUUUGAUUCUAUUAAUGUUAGCAUAGUAUUGCAUAAUUAAAAGAAGAAUUUCAUCUAAACAAAGGAGUAUGAGAACCAAUGCCAAUACUCUAAAGUUUGAUAUUUAGGGCACCUAUGAGCACAAAUGAAUUGGUGCUUUGUUCACAGGUGCUAUUCCAUUUGCUCUGCCAGAUCAAAUGCUAUCAAGUCAGAGCAAGGGGAGCCACUGAUAUAAUUAGAUCUUAAAGACAUUUGUGCCUCUAGUGGUUAACUUGACCAGUAACUUCUGACUGUUCAUUUGUUUUGCAUCUAGAGUCAUUAACCAAACUAGGUCAGAAAGGGCAGUGCUUCCUGAAAGAAUAACUACAGCUUAAUCAUUAAUGUCACAGUCUGAAAUGAAGCUGGACUCUUUUUCAUUGGUGGGAGAGAAGUGGGAUAAGAGGUAUACUAGAAGCUGGGAAAAUAUGGUCAAAGUCUAAGAUAGAGUUUAGGAAAGAGAGGAUAGAGUUUAUUCUGGCCUUACUUGUCAACAAAUUACUCAAACAGUCCCCCUUUUCACAGUAGCCUGGCAGCUGUCCGACUGCCUACCAAAGCCAAAUGCUUGAAGAGAGAGAGAGUAAGGAGCCAGCCAUGAAUCCCUUCCAGAAAAAUGAAUCCAAGGAAACACUUUUUUUACCUGUCUCCACUGAAGAAGUACCACCUCGACCCCCCAGCUUUCCAAAGAAGCCAUCUCCGAAAAUCUGUGGCUCCAACUAUCCAUUGAGCAUUGCCUUCAUCGUGGUGAAUGAAUUUUGUGAGCGCUUUUCCUAUUAUGGCAUGAAAGCUGUGCUGACCCUGUACUUCCUGUAUUUCCUGCAUUGGAGUGAAGACACUUCCACCUCUGUAUACCACGCCUUCAGCAGCCUCUGUUAUUUCACUCCCAUCCUGGGAGCAGCCAUUGCUGACUCAUGGUUGGGAAAAUUCAAGACAAUUAUCUAUCUCUCCUUGGUGUAUGUCCUUGGCCAUGUGAUCAAGUCCCUGGGUGCCUUACCAAUACUGGGGGGACAUAUGAUACACACCAUCCUGUCAAUGGUCGGCUUGAGUCUAAUCGCUUUGGGGACAGGAGGUAUCAAACCCUGUGUGGCAGCUUUUGGUGGAGAUCAGUUUGAAGAAAAACAUGCAGAGGAACGGACUAGAUACUUCUCAGUCUUCUACCUCUCCAUCAAUGCAGGGAGCUUGAUUUCUACAUUUGUCACACCCAUGCUGAGAGGAGAUGUGCAGUGUUUUGGAAAAGACUGCUACGCAUUGGCUUUUGGAGUUCCAGGAAUGCUUAUGAUAAUAGCUCUUGUUGUGUUUUCAAUGGGGAGCAAAAUAUACAAAAAACCACCUCCAGAAGGAAACAUAGUGACUCAAGUUGUCAGAUGUAUCUGGUUUGCUAUUUCCAACCGUUUCAAGAACCGUUCUGGGGACAUUCCAAAGCGAGAGCACUGGUUGGACUGGGCAUCUGAGAAAUACUCAAAGCAGCUCAUUAUGGAUGUGAAGGCACUGACCAGAAUACUGUUCCUUUAUAUCCCAUUGCCCAUGUUCUGGGCUCUUUUGGAUCAGCAGGGCUCACGGUGGACCUUGCAAGCCACCAGGAUGAAUGGGAAUUUGGGUUUUUUUGUGCUUCAGCCUGACCAGAUGCAGGUGUUAAACCCCUUUCUGGUUCUUAUCUUCAUCCCAUUGUUUGACCUUGUGGUUUAUCGGCUGGUUGCCAAGUGUGGAAUUAACUUCACAUCACUUAGAAAAAUGGCUGUUGGUAUGAUCCUAGCAUGCCUGGCAUUUGCAGUUGCUGCUGCUGUAGAGAUAAAAAUUAAUGGAAUGGCCCCACCGCAGCCAGAUUCCCAAGAGGGUUUCCUGCAAGUCUUGAAUCUGGCAAAUGAUGAGGUGAAGGUGACAGUGCUGGGAAAUGAAAACAGUUCUCUGUUGGAAGAGUCCAUCAAAUCCUUUCAGACAAUGCCACACUAUUCCAAACUCCACCUGAAGACAAAAAGAGAGGAUUUCCAUUUCCAACUGAAAUAUCACAAUUUGUCUGUCUACACUGAACAUUCUGUGGAAGAGAAGAAAUUGUACACUCUGAUCAUUCGAGAAGAUGGGAAAAGCAUUUCUAGCAUGAUGGUGAAGGAUGCAGAAUCCAGAGCAACCAACGGGAUGACAGCCAUGAGGUUUGUUAACACUUUGCAUGAAGAGGUCAACAUCUCCCUGGGUACGGAUACCUCCUUCAGUGUUGGUAAAGACUAUGGUGUGUCUGCUUACAGAACUGUGCAAAGAGGAGAAUAUCCUGUGGUGCACUGUAGAACAAAAGAUGAGAACUUUUCACUGAAUUUGGGUCUACUAGACUUUGGUGCGGCUUAUCUGUUUGUUAUUACUAAUAGCACCGGUCAGGGUCCUCGGGUCCAGAAGAUUGAAUACACCCCAGCUAACAAAAUGUCCAUCGCUUGGCAGCUACCACAAUAUGCCCUUGUUACAGCCGGAGAGGUCAUGUUCUCUGUCACAGGACUUGAGUUUUCUUAUUCUCAGGCUCCCUCUAGCAUGAAAUCUGUACUCCAGGCAGCCUGGUUGUUGACGGUUGCAGUUGGGAAUAUCAUCGUUCUUAUUGUGGCACAGUUCAGUGGCCUGGUACAGUGGGCCGAAUUCAUUUUGUUUUCCUGCCUCCUGCUGGUGGUCUGCCUGAUCUUCUCCAUCAUGGGCUACUACUAUAUUCCUAUAAAGCCAGAGGAUAUUCAGGGGUCAGCAGAUAAGCAGAUUCCCCAAAUCCAGGGGAACAUGAUCAACCUGGAGACCAAGAAGACAAAGCUCUAAUGACUGCAUGGACUCCGCCCAGACUCUAGUUCCUGCCUCUGGUCUUGGCCAUCACCCAUCUUCGAGCAUUUUUCACUCCAGCUUGGUUAGAAGAGAGAAGUAGCAUCACCUCUGAGCUGAUCUCCUCUCCUUUUCUCCCAUGACAGAGGAAGUUCUAGGACUGGGUUUGUUCAGUACAUUAAAGAAAGGCCCCUGAGACUCUAUGUUUCUCAUCUAUCCGUGAACUCAGUAAAUCCUGUAUAGUGUUGCUAAAGCUGGCCUGUUUUCUGCAAAUGGCCAUGGAAAACACAAACGUAUAAUUGAGAUUAGCCUCUGUGGUUCUCAAAAGUUAUGUAGGAAUGUCUAUACCUGCCAUUUAGAACUGAUGAUCCCACUUUUCGAAGUGGUGAUACAGGGUCAAAAUUGCAGAGUAACAGAGAAAUGGCAUUUCAGGUUUCUUCAUUAGCAGUGUUAACUGCACAGUUUACAAGGACCUCAAGAAUUGGUAUGUCUGGUAUGAUCUUGUCCAAGGGCUGGUUUUUCAGCUAUCCAGGUUUGAUAAGAACUUAGUAAGUUUUUCAGUGCAGUUAGUAGGAGACAAAAUGACAUAUUAUUAACACACAGAAGAUACAUCCUUCUGAUAAUUACAGUAUUUUAUCUGCUAACUCAAACACCUCCUUCUCAGUACUUAUAGAUCUUUAGAAACCAAUUUAAAGAUAGUAGACAUGGUUUGGGAACACAGAAUAAGUAGAAAUUGUGGAAGUCCUAAUGAGCUUUUCUUCUACAGAAUACAUUUUUCUUAGGGACUAAGAAGAGACUGAUGUUUCAACCCUAGAUUAUACCCUCCUGUGGACAACUAUAUAGACAUUAAUUAUACUUUUCCAGCCCUGACUUUUCAGGGUUACUGGGCCAGCUUUUUCUUAUUAUUACAUCCUCUUUCUUAUUGUAACAAAUACUUAAUAGCAAUAAUAUUUUUAGGAAUAUAACUUCCUUUUUUAUUUGUACUCCCUUCAGCCACAAAGUAGUAGAUUCAUUUUGAUAAUUUUUCCUAUUUUACUUUUCCAUGAUUUUUAAAUGUCAUUUCUUCAUUUGGGUCUGAAUUUUCUCAUUUAUUAAAAAAAAGUUAUAUUAAUACUCUAGGUUUGAGCUUCUUAAAUGGCCAUGCUCAAUGGAGUGGGGGCAUGGUCCCAUAUCAGGAUUCUGUCAAAAUCUGGGAGUUGAGGGAAGAAGUGAUAGAAUGGUCUGGGGUUUGUUUCUGUGUUGGUGAAAAAAGUUGAGAAAUAUUACCUUGCACACAAUGAAUGAAUCAGUGCACAGACACAGGAAUGUCAUGAUCUAUAGUGUAUUGCUGGGGAGAAAAGUUCAGAACAAAAACUUGUACUAGAGAGCCUAAUUUCUGCUGGUUUUGCCCCAUUUUUCUCAUCUAGAACUGAGUCAACUGCUCCAGUUUCCCGUUUUCAUACUUUAGUUUUCAUUACCAAGUUUUCAGAAGUACCCAAGUGACGGCAUCAUCUAAUUUCCAUAGAUAUGUUGAUGUGAACCUAGCCGUACUUCUUCAGAACAUACUCUGUUCAUUUUUGAGCAGCUUUAUCUCAGUCUGUUCUAUGAACUAUUGUUUCAACAGAUGUUAACAGUGUUCUGCAAAUAAAAGUUUCUGUGGAUAAAUAAAUUUUGGGAAUAAAAAAACAUAUUAUAUCCUCUUCUUAA